AUGUCGAAAAAGGCUUCGCGCAAGAGUGCCUCGACCGGCUUCGAGCUGCACCAGCCGGAUCGGUCAGGGCCAUCGGAGCCGACUCUGUUGCAGAUGGCCGGCGAACGGAACCUGUUCAAGCAGGCUGAGCGGCGGCAGCGGGAACUGGACCGGGAGCGCGGGAAGCCGGUGGAUGCGAGCAGCAGCGAGGACGACGACGAUGAUGACGACGGGGACAUCUCUCCCCAGGCCGAACGCCUCCUCGACACGCUGCUCUGGUGCGUCAGCCUUUCGAUGCUGCACUUCACCUUUGACGUGCUCGUGCAGAACCAGUAUGCCGUGCAGAUCCGCUGGCCGACCGUGAUCAAGCGCUCGCUCUUUGCCCUGCCAGUCUUUUCUCUGCUCUUCUACAACCUGCACGCCCACCCGACCGGCUCCACGCUGCUGCCCUUCCUGUCGCCCCGGCUGAACGCCCGUCUGCGCACGGCCAUCUUCUUCUUGUCCGGCCUGGUCACUGGCUGCUACCUCAUCCACAUCACGAACAACUACUCCUACCUGGCCGUCAUGAAACACGCACCGCCCAUCGGCUGCAUCUGGGUCUGGUCCGUCAUUGAGAUGGACCUGAUCCCGGCCGUGGCCAGCCUCGCCAUCGUGGCCGGCUUCAUGUGGCUAAAGGGCUACAGCAUCUAG